AUGACCGGCGCCGCCCGCACCCACGAGCUCCGCAAAUAUUCGGAAAACGGACAGCUCCCGCUCGCCAACGCCGCAUGUGAGCACCCGCUGGGCUGGCAUCCCGCCCUCCAACUCCAGUCGCCGCUAUGCGCCGCCCUGGCGGCCUUCACCGAGCUUGUCGUUGCGCGCCUUGGAGUCUUCGCCGCCUUCGCGAGCCUGACCGAUGGCCGCACCCAGCGCGUGCUGGCCGGGACCUGGGGACAGACAGACGGACACACCCGGGACGACGCGCCUCUGAGAUGGCUGCAGACCUGUGAGGCCGACCAGCACGUCUGGCUGUCGCUGGCCCGCCGCGCCCUCGGCCUCGACGCCCACCCAUGCGACCGCGCGUUUCCGGGUGGCGGCAUCGCCGUCCAGCUCGACGAGGACCCCAGCGCAGCCAAUCUCAGCUGCGUCGUGCGCCCGCCGCACCUCAGGUACUACGCCGCCGCCCCGGUCCGCUCCCGCCGUGGAAUCUGCAUCGGCACCAUCUUCGUCCUCGCCCGCGAGCCCCGCUUCGAUUCCUUCGACGCCGAUCUGGCCCUCCUGUCCUCCAUUGCCGCAAAGUGCAUGACCCAACUCGAAACGGCCCGGGAAAGCCAUCUGAAGAGCCGCAUCACGAGGAUCAAUGAUGGCGUGUGCUCCUUCAUCCACUCUAGAGAUGCCGGCCCCGACGAGCCCUCAACCGCCGCCCCGCCGGCCUGCAAUGCCGCCCCCGCCACCGCAGAACAAACAUCCAAUGCUCCCUCGACACAAUCGCUGCCGGCUGCUUCCCAGGAUCCUCUGGCCAAUGACACCAAACCGUCGCAGCCCGACGCCGGCGAUGGCUCCACUCCCGGUACUGGGAGGACAACCUACAAAGAAGCAUUCGCUCGGGCAGCGGCGCACUUGAGGUUUGCACUCGACGUCGAUGGUGUCCUGUUCGUUGACGGUUUGAUUGGCUUCAAUGGGGCUCUGACGCCAUUGGCAAAGCGUGAGCAGGAACUUGAAGACGAAAUGAAUCACAAGGCCGGACGGAAGGAUCCGUCCAAGGAGGAUCCACAGUGGACACCAACCCCGGAGAACUCGGGAGUCGAUUCGCCAGACGACGCACAACCUCCGGAUGACGGUUCCGGUCCCGCGGAGAGAACCUUCACCAGUGCGGACUUCCAAAAAUCCACCCUUGUAAGGCGGCCGGGCGAGAUCCUUGCCAUCUCUGUGCCCAACCCCCAGGCAAGACCACGAUUAAGGAACCUUUCCCUCAGCCCUUCUGACAAGGACUGCCUCGACGAACGUUUCUUACGAAAGUUCCUUGCAAGGUAUCCCUCUGGUAAGGUCUGGUAUUUCGAUGAGGAUGGCGCUCCCUAUACGUUUUCUGAUGCGGAGACUCUUGUGCCUGAUGAUCCGCGUGGUGAGGCGAACCAAUUUGCUGCUGCUUUCCGAGGCAUUCGACAACUCAUUUUUGCGCCUUUGACGGAUCCGGUGACGCUCAAGCGCUUGGCUGGAUGUUAUGCGUGGACAACUCGAGUCCAUCCUGUCUUUACCCCGACUGCAGAUCUCGGCGCCUUCAAGGGCUUUCUGCACUCUGUUGAAGCUGAGGUGUCCAGGAUUGAUACCGUAGCAGCAAUCAAACAGCAAGAGUCGUUCGUUUCGUCCGUCAGUCACGAAUUACGUACACCUCUGCAUGGCAUACUCGGCGCUGUUGAAUUUCUUGGAGAGACAAAGCUGGAUAGCUUCCAGCAAGGCUUGGCUGAAAGCAUUCGUUCGUGCGGUUCGACAUUACAUGACACUCUCAGCAGUGUCCUCUCGUACUCCAAGAUUAAUCAAUUUGAGCGAAGACGGCACAAAUCCAAACACAAGAUCUCUGAAGAGAUCAAAGAUGCCGUCGAGGAGCCAGAUCAUGACCUGCACGGUCUGCUCACUUCUGCCAACAUUGCUACUCUCUGCGAGGAAGUUGUUGAGGUCACUGCUGGUGGUCACAGUUUCAACAAGCCGACUUCAACGGAUGAUCUUACGAUCACCAUAGAUGUCAAAUUCCAAGAUAACUGGAAUUUCUUGACAGAGCCUGGUGCCCUCCGGCGUAUCAUGACCAACAUUCUUGGCAACGCGCUGAAGUAUACGGAGAAGGGGUUUGUCAAAGUCGGCCUGGACAGUGAGGACAUGAGCAGCGAGCCGGCUGCUUCGAGCAAGCCGGGCCCCAAGCUCAAACUCAUCAAGUUUUCCGUGGCCGACUCGGGCAAGGGCAUGUCCAAAGAGUUCCUUGAGAAGCACUUGAGCGUGCCUUUCACCCAAGAGGAUACAAUGGCAUCCCAGGGAGUGGGUCUAGGCAUGUCAAUUGUCAAGAGUCUUGUUGCGAUGCUCGGCGGGAACAUAAGGGUUCAGAGUCAGCUGGGAAAGGGCAGUACUUUCACUGUCAGUAUUCCUAUGGCUGCGGGGGAUCCGAAGAUUCCGUCUCCCGCGACUGUCGCUCUCGAGAAAGCGGUGCCCGAAUUACGUCAAAGAAACCUCAACAUUGCCAUUCGCGGCUUCCCCCACACCCUCCAAGAAUCUUUCGAAGAUUACCUACGCAAUUGGUUCAACUGUAAUAUUCUCGCGCCCGAAGACAACGCUCAGCCCGACGUCCUUGUCGUGGAUCAGGCCGCCCGGACUUUGUCCCAGGACAUCCGCUCCCGGUAUCAACCCAACAGCCUUGCGCUACUUAAUGUCUCAAUCUCUCCCUCUUUACGCCGGCGUUCGGAUAGCCUCGACUGGGGUUUCCGAUGUCGGCAGACAAUAUCACGCCCCAUCGGCCCUCACAAGCUUUCCAAAGCACUUCUCGCAUGUGCGGACAGCUUGGCGGAGGAACUCUCUAGCCCCGAGCUACCACGUCCGGUUACUCAGCGACUUGACACCAACCCGUCCAAUGUCUCCCACAUGGAUGUCGACACCACUGUCUCUCCGCGGAGUAAAGCUUUGGCUCGCGCCGCGGACCCCAUCCAGUCCCUUGAAGACCUUCCUUCGCCGACUAAACGACCACGCCACUAUCCCCCCGAUGGAUCUUCGCCGCCAGAUCAUCCGACCUACCCAUUCAGGGCGCCCUCCCCAUACUCACACCAUCCGCAUGACUCACAUCAGUCGCCAAUCUCCCCGACAGCUCCUGCUGCUGCCUUAGCGCUUGAGCGAUCCCUACUAUCGCUCGGCUCCCCGGUCCAACCUGAAAGAACGCCCCGCCUUCUGCUCGUCGAAGACAACGCCGUCAACCUCAAGCUCCUUCAGACGUUCAUGCUCAAAAAAGGCAUUACGGAUGCUGCGACCGCAGAGAAUGGGAAGGUCGCGGUAGAUCAAGUAGCAAGAAUGACAGAAGCGGGUAGUGGAUUCGACAUCAUCUUUAUGGACAUCUCUAUGCCCAUAAUGGACGGUUUCGAAGCCACUCGCGCCAUCCGUGCCCUUGAACGUCGCCGACGCCUGGCUGGCUCCGCUCCGCCGCCCACAGCGCCAUCUCAGCCGCCUCCUCAGCUGUCACAUAGCGUCUCCACGCCCUCGGAAUCUGAAUCAAAUACACCGUACACGACACCUUCGGCCGGUCAGGAUGCACAUCAGCAACGACGACGACGACUCUCCCAGGCCUUCGUCGUCGCUCUCACAGGUCUGGCUUCGACAAAAGACGAAGACAAGGCAUACAACUGCGGCGUCGACCUCGUCAUCACGAAGCCGGUCAAGUUCGGGAAAUUGACGGAGCUUUUCGAGAAAUGGGAGAAAGGAGAGCUGAAGGGCGGUGGCGGAGGGGGCGUCGUGGACGAUUUGGUAGAGGAGGAGAGCGAAGGGAGGAUGGGAGUCGAAUGA